UUCGAGUGAACUUAAGUUAAGUUUUGUUUUUCAUUUCAGAUACGAAUGUGUCCUGCUGAAUUACUUACUCACCAUGAAGCAGGUUGAACCUCCGACUCACGGCCGGUGAAGUCCGGUUCAGUUCGAGCACUCGGUCCAGGUGGAAGGCGAACACUUCACUGAUGUCCACGGGGCUCCCGAUGAGCCCACACUGGCCCGCACAGACCCGGGUCUUCUCCGUGACGCUCCGAUUCCUGGUCUCGCCUUCGAAGAGCAGAAACGGACGCGACUGUCCUCCAGAAACUUCCAUGACGCGCGCCACUUUGGACUCCGCCAGGAAGCGCAGGGUUCGGACGUCCUGCGCGCUGAACCACGGCGGAGCUUUGCGACUGUAGAUUCGGAUCGCGCUCACAGCAGAGUCCCCGAGUGACCUGGAAUCAUUGAUCAAGGCGGGGUGAUGAUCCACUGUCCUCCAGGAGGCGGAGGACCGCGUGGUUUUUUGCGUAAAAGGCGCGUCCCCGGGAGCGUUUCUUCGCGCUUUCCGCCUCAAUUUGGGUCUGACUGUGGCCCGGAUUUUCGCAGGCUUGAGCCGCUUGGAUCUGAGAGUGAUGUACACCACGUUGGACCGGGUCGGAACCACAGCUCCGGUGUCUAUGCCCUGCUGGUUGGAGGAGUCCCCGUUAUCAAGGACGUGUGUUCAAGAUGACCACUUCCCAGAGGAGCACGAGACCUUGGACUUCAGCUCCACCAACAUGACUCACUUCACUUAUGGAAUCACUGCGAACGUGGUGGCGGUGCUGCUGUACGGGAGCAACUUUGUGCCGGUGAAGAAGAUCGAGACAGGAGAUGGAAUGUUCUUCCAGUGGGUGACCUGCGCCGCCAUCUGGCUCGUGUCCAUGAUCGGAGACUUGAUGCUUCAGUCGCCCAAGUUCCAUCCGUUUGCGAUGCUGGGCGGCGUGAUCUGGUCCACAGCAAACGUUGCGGCGGUUCCGAUCAUCAAAGCCAUCGGUCUAGGACUUGGUGUUUUGCUGUGGGGCUCCACCAGUCUGCUGACAGGCUGGGCCAGUUCCAGGUUCGGAUGGUUCGGGAUCCCAGCUGAGGAGGUUUCCAGACCCGUGCUGAACUACUGCGGCGCCGGACUCUGCCUACUCAGCGGUCUGAUCUUUUUCUUCGUCAAGACGGACGUGGAGCUUCACCCGGAGGAGGAAGCGGUCCCGCUGCUCAUCGACAGGAGGACCAACUCCGGCAGCUAUGGACCCACCUCAUCCGAGUUCUGGAUCGACGUCAUCGGGCCGAGGACCAGACGCUUCCUGGGCUGCUUCCUCGCCGUGCUGUCCGGUCUGCUCUAUGGAUCUUCCUUUGCACCAAUCCUCUACAUCAAGACCCAUUCCACGUGUCACGACAGCAUGUUCCACGGCGCCAGCCUUUACGACCUGGAUUACAUGUACGCGCAGUGUUCCGGUAUUUUCCUCGCCAGCACGGUUUACUUCGCCAUCUACUGCGCAGCCAUGAACAACCGGCCCAGAAUUUACUGCAGAGCCAUUCUGCCUGGAAUGUUGACUGGACUGAUGUGGGCUUUAGCGACCUACUGCUGGUUCCUGGCCAACAUCUACCUGAGCCCCGUCAUCACCUUCCCCAUCGUCACUGCUGGUUACGGUCUGGUGGCUGCUCUCUGGGGGUCCCUGGUGUUCAGAGAAAUUAAGGGUUUCCUCAACUGCAUGAUCUUCACAGUGGCGUCCUGUGUGGUUGUGUGUGGCUCUCUGUUGACAGCCGUGUCCAAGUUAUGAAGAGAUUCACGUGAAGACCAGAGUGUCUGCAUCAUUUAAAAUGGUUUCCUGGUGUGUAUUGUGGUUUUUUACCAGAGCUGCACAACACUGCAAUACAUUAUAAUGUCACAGUUGAAAAGCACCGAAAACUCACGUUACCCUGCACUGAAGAGCUUAAAAAAUGUUCAAUUGUGUAUCAAGACUUUA